AUGACCUAAAUGGAAAAGACAUACGAUAGCUUCUUCUCUUUCACAGAUUAAAGAAAAAGCUACAUGAAGUCUAAUGAAAGGAGUACAUUAAAUACAAGUUAUAAUCUAAAACUUAACAAAUUGAGAUCAACUGGGAUAGGUUCCCCAACAACAAUGUCCAUCUAAGGCGAACUAAAUCUCAUCAAUAACUAAUUAUACUCUUCUAUGACCAAUAAAAAUUCAAUUUUGAGGACAAGUCUCGGUAAGAAAUCAUUAUUAGAUGUCUAAGAACCUCCACUUCAAUCAACUUAAUUAACCUCAAUUGAAGAUGCCUAGGUCUAAAUCCUGAUAACGCCUGAAUAAAUAUUAAACAGAAGCAAGAUCUAAUAUUUCACAAAUAACCUUUUAAGAAAAACCAGAUCUAGGUGGGAUCAUAAAUACAAAAAUUAGCUAUAACAGAUAUAAAGAAAACUAUAAGAAUGA